CGCGCGACAAGCGCAAGGCCAUAGCGUUGGCAUCUCUGCUUGAGGGAGGCUAAAUCACACUGAUCGAUUGCGUUUUGCAAAACGCACCAAAUUUUGCGAAGUUUGCUGCCAGCACCAGCUGAAACUAGUUGGUCACAGGCUUUUUGCAGCCACCACUGCACACAAAUGUGCUGCGCAGCGAUGCAAAGCAGCUAGCAUUUGCCGAUGGCCGACGAAGACGCCUUCGCGCGGCGCGUACGUGCCUUCUACGAGGCCCACAACCCCGAGCGUCUCGACCUCGUGCCCGAGAUCGUGUCGAAAUACCGCAAUCAACAGGACAAGCUCUGGGCCAAGCUCGAGAAGAAGUAUCCCGGGACGGCGACGUCACGUGAUGAUCGAUUAGACUUUCGGAGUCGCGCGUUCGACGCGCGCGCUGCUUUAUGUGAGCCCGGUCUGAGACCGCCGGUGCCGAACGCCCCACCUUUGGACAAUUUAUCGAAAUUCCGGCCUUUUUUACCGCAUUCAUCGGAAUAUCAUGAUACGCGAGUGAAGCAGGGCGCGCACCACGUCGUGAGGGAGCCGUCUGCUACCUCGACGAAUAGAGGCGUGGCGCUCCUGUCCCAGGUCACUGAUACAUUAAGAGAGGGGCCCCACUCGUUAUUAUGGAGAGCGUUGCGGGAUAGAGUUAGAGUGCGCGUGACGCUGCGGCGCAUCAACUCCAUUAGAGGGGUGGUUGUCGGGCACUUGAAAGCAUUUGACCGACACAUGAACCUGCUGCUCGUCGACGCGGCCGAGACGACGACGCCGAAAAUGCGCAACCCUGCGCGCGCGCGGCCGCGGACGCGGCACCUCGCCCAGGUGCUCGUGCGCGGCGACAACGUCGUGCUCGUGGCGUUGGAGGGCGGGUCGAGUAGUAGGCCGAGGCCGGAUCGGUAGUGUUGUUAACUAAAAUCAAUCGCC